CUUUUUUUUUCUUCCAUGCGAUCUUAUUUUUUGCUCCAACCAAGUAAAAAUAUAUAUCGUUAGAAACCAGAAGGAGACCCUAAUUUUAGCCAAAUUCAAAAGAAAAUCCGAUCAUUGAUCGAAAUUUUGUCGGAAGAAAGAAACGGAAUUCAAAAUAAGAACCUGUCGGCGAUGUCGUGGUUGAGAUCGGCGGUGAACAAAGCAGUAGAAGUCGGCGGGAAGAACAAUCUCACCCGCACCGUUCGCAAUUACGCCGAUUCCGUCGUCCUUACCGCCGGCAAUGCCGUUUCCGAAGGCGCCAAACUUAUCCAAGAUCGCAUCGGAUCGAGGAACGUGAAGAGCUUUAGUCUCGCGGUGAAGAGGUUAGAAGAGGUUUCGGUUUCUUCGAGAGGCGGCGAGAGAGUGCAGUUGUUGAGAAGAUGGCUUGUUGCUCUCAAAGAGAUCGAGAGAUUGUCUUAUUCUUGUUUCGAGCAUAGCGAACGUAACGUUCACAAAACUGAUGAUCACAAUCAAUCUUUUUCUGAAGAAGCCAAGGAUUCUCCCAAAAAUUUCAGCACCGUUUAUUACGUUGAUCCUGGUCUAUCUGGUGAGCCAAUGACUUUUCGUGAUGUGUUUCUUCAUAGUGAGGCACUUGAAGGGAUGGUAUUAUCUAUGAUUUUGGAAGCACCUAAUGAGGAAGAAGUCCAGCUGCUUCUUGAACUGUUUGGGCUUUGUUUGUCAGGAGAGAAGGAAGCUCACGAAGCUGUGAUUCAAAAUGUGCAGGACUUAGCAACAGUGUUUUCAAAAUACAAGGAUGAAGUUCUGGCAAAGCGAGAGGAACUUCUUCAAUAUGUUCAAGGUGCUAUUGGAGGACUAAAAAUCAGUGCUGAUCUUGCUAGAAUAGACACUGAAGCCCAUACUUUGAUAGAGAAACUCGAUAAGACGAAGCUCAAGGUUCUGGAGAAGGCUUCAAGUGAAGAUGCUUUAAAAACCAGUGGAAGCACUGCUGCAUCAACAGAGGCUCUCCGAGAAAUUCUUGAGCAAGUUCGCACUUUUUCAAAGCUAGAAGCACUCUUGUUUAGGAAGAAAUCAUUAGGGAAUGGUGAUUCCCUUCAAAGCCACAGUGACAAGAUCGAUAAACUGAAAGUUCUGUCGGAAUCCUUACUCAAUUCUACCUCGAAAGCCGAAAAACGAAUCGUGGAUCAUAGAAGCCAAAAAGAAGAAGCUCUUAGCUACAGGGUUUCAAAAACUAAUGAAGUUAGUCAGCUGGAAAAGGAUGUAGCGGGAGAACUAAAGAAACUUGAGAUUCUGAAGGAUGAUCUUGAAGCUGAGCUGAAAAGGGUCAACACCUCAAUAACAUCUGCCCGGGCUCGCCUUCGCAAUGCUCAAGAAGAAAGAGAGCAGUUUGAUAAUGCAAGUAAUGAAAUUCUUAUGCACCUGAAGUCAAAGGAAGAAGAGCUGACUCGUUCCAUAACCUCAUGCCGAGUAGAAGCAGAGGUUGUAAAUAAGUGGAUCAAAUUUUUGGAAGAUACCUAUAUUCUCCAGUCUAAAUUUUCUCAACAAAAAGAAAAACAAGUGAGUGGUGAGAUGGAGAGAUAUAGUGACCAUUUCAUCGACCUGAUUGUUCAACUCCUCUCUUUCUACAAGGAACAAUUGGAUCCUUCUAUACCCAAGAUCCGUAGAGUCGUGGAAAGCUUGGAGCCAAGUAAAGGGUUAGAAGCAGAGAAAAUCACAGACAAUAAGGACACCAAGCCAAUGGAUACUAGAAAACAGCUUGAGAAGGAGUAUUUGGACCUCGAAGCUAAGUUUGUGACAACACUAAGUGUGGUGGAUGCGAUGAAAAAGCCAUUCUAUUCACAGACGGAAGGUAUCUCCAGGAAAGACGAUAAAAGAGUUAAAGAACUAUUUGAUGCAUUAGACAAAACGAAAGAAGAGUUUGAGGCUAUCGAACGUCCGCUCUUGGAUAUUGAGUCUCCUUCUAGAACUUCUGCUUCACGCUCACCGUCCCUAAAGAUGACGCAGGAGACUCCACUUUCCAAUAUAGUCCUGAAACAAUCUGGUGAUGAUGAUUUGCCAGACAGUAAAAAAGGAUCCCCAGUGAAGGAAGAAGACCCGGCAAAGAAACAACUGGAGCUGGAACUAGACGAUGGAGAAGAGUUCUUGGCAGAUGAAAUCAAUGACUGGGAAUUCGACGCUCUUGAUGACACUCUGACUUCAAAAACAAGUAGCUGACCCAAAUUUUGCAAAGGAGCUGAUGGAGAGAGGAAGAGGAGAGUAUAUCUAAUUAAUUACUAUCUAAACAAAAAUGAAUCCAUAACUUCGAGAGUAUAAACCAUAAAAAAGGACAAUGUAAGUUUCAUUCCUUCUUUUCGAAUUUCUAAUUUGAUAUAUGAUCAAGUGUAGAUAAAUGAUAUCAUAGCCCCCCAAUAAGUUUUGUAAAUACUCUUUUUUCUGGCACAUUUUGUUUUUUU